AUGUACAGCCCAAGAGACGACGAAUCCAGCUUUGGUGGAUCAACGCCCGAAGAUCCCGCGCAUUCCGUGGGCAGCAGCAGCGACGAGGACUGUCCUCUACCUGCGCCGUGCGUACCAGUGAUGACAGAGCGAGAAGUGGCUGCAUUGGUGCAACAGGUGUGGGUUUGUGACGAGUGGCAGACGCUUCCGCUCGAUUGCGACCUGUGGGCAGGAAUCAUCCCAACGCGUCUGUUGCCAGUGCUAUUCCCAGUCGAUUGUACCAUGGCCAACGUUUCCAUCGGUCAUUCGAACAUGCCAUGGGGUGGAAAUGGUGUACAGGUGCUUAUUUCGCCGAUCAAGCUGUUUGUGCGAGGCGACCAAGUACAGAAGUUGUGUGACAGCAUCGAGGCGUACUCGGUUGAAAGCGUAUUUUUCAAGAAGGACGUCCUCGAAGAUUUGCCGUUGCUUCAAAAUGUUCGUGUGAAGCAACGGCACAUCAUUUCGUUCACUUCCAGGCACCAAAUCUCCAUGGCUACCCUGGCACAAUGCAUGCUGGAUGUGGGGAUUUCAACCGUGUUUUGCUCCAACUUUGGUGUGAAGACCAGGUUGAUGGACAAGGAGUGGUCCGAACACGAGUAG